AUGCCACCAGGCCUGUCGUUUGAACGCAAGUGGGAGUUUCUGAAGCCUCAUAUCGAACGACUCUACGUACAUGACAAGUACAAAUUGGCCAAGGUGAUUGAGAUUCUGCAAGCGCAGUUUGGCUUUGAUGCCACCGAGGCUCAAUACAAAUACCAAAUCAAAAAAUGGCGUUUGAGGAAGAAUAUUCCUACUUCGAAGAAAGCUGCUAUGAAUCAGAAAUACCAGGAUUUGUCGACCACUGGUAUGGCUGCCGUUAUCAAGUACAAGGGUCAAGAAGUUGAUCCACGCAAAUUACGUCGACAAGCCAAAAUGGACACCAGGAGGGCGUUGCUAGGCGGUGGAGCUCAAGCGACUAGAUCUGACGAUAUUGCUUUUUUAAGCCCGCUAACGUCAUCUGUGGCUAAGCUCUUUAUGACGUGGAACAUACCUUAUAAGCCUUCAAAGACAUUGAUGGGCCAAAUCAUUGACCACCACUCUCCACUUGGUCAGUCUAUGUCAACCCCAAGCGACGUGUCUGUUGCGACGCCAUACGCGAACGAUGUCGCUAGCCCUAAUAACGCUCUUUCUCCUUUGUCCUCGGCUCUUCGGAAGAAAAGGUCGGUCGAACGAGCCCAAUUGUUUCUUGAAGGCAAGUAUCAGCAAUUGCUAGCAUCGAUGAGCACUGAAGAACAAGUAACUAUGUCCACCUGGCUAUACCAGUUCUGGGUAUUCUCGUUCAAGACUGCUAAGUACUGGGGUCGGGGACCCCGCGACUGGUUUGCAGACCUCCUGGCUUUCGGGCGGGAUGGGGCUGAUAUUUUUCCGGUGCCGGCGUCUCCCCAUACGCCGUCUGACAGAGUUGGACAAUCACCACAGGGGCAACCAUCAGUCGCAAGCGGCCUCAACAAUAUUGGCGUAGGCUCUAAGCCUUCCCUAUUGUGUCGUUGGGCAAUUCAUGUAAAGCCCCAAUCAUAUCAAGAGCUCCCCGAUCCUCCAUUACUGGAGCAUCGCGCCAUGGACCCAGCUGAUCCUGAAACCUACCAACCGUGGCCCGAACAAUGGAUGGCCUCCUCAUACUCGGAGAAGCUGAGGAAUGCCCUCGAGAGCAACGACUUUAGCAAUAUUCCCACCGACCAACUGCCUGCUGCCAUACCGGAAGCACUGAAGAUGGCCAAGAGGGAUCCAUCUGAGCUCAGUGCACAGUCUCUAGGCUUCGCUAUAAUGAGCGGGAAUGAAUUUAUGGUCGAGAAAUUACUGGAGUCGUACUCGGCCCCACACCUGGAAAUCGCUUUUAGAGAAAUUGAUGUCUUUCAUCUUGCCACAAGUUAUCUAAAAGGCUCGACAAUCUGCUGUGACCUACUCAACACCAUUAGCAUGUUCCGUCCACUCCGCCAACACUAUACCAAUGAGCAGGGGCAUACUGUCCUUGACAAUCUCAUGAUUACCAUCCUCAAAGGCCAUACCUCCUGUACCCCUGGUCAGGUCGACAACGCCUUUAAGGGGCAAGUUCGCUUUUCCGGAGAAGAAGUUGACAUCUGUGGGCGCUGGGAUGCUGAUUCGGACUGCAUCCGAGAACUUCUAGCAAAAGGCAUCCACCGUAUUCCUUUUCAAUGGAAACACAAGUUUUGUCACACGUCUGUUCAGACAAUCUGUCAUUCUAUCGUGACUAUUUGGGGUGCAACACACGCGCCGGACAUCAACACGCACAGCGGUCUCUUUAUAAAGCGAUGCUUGAAGUCCCAUUGUGGUCUAAAGAUGCAAAUGACCCCUCUUCAUACCUUAGUCUUGAUUAUGUGGCAGCUCUCUAGCUAUGGAUGUGAGGGAGAAGAUCUAUUUGGCGCUGUGGCGGUUCUCUUAUGUCUACUUCGCAAUGGAUCCGACCCGUGUCUUCAGUCAACCCUUUCAAUUAUGUCUCUCCUUGGUAACAGUCCAUCAGAAAAUUCUAAUAACGAAGCGGAUCCGUGUGAGCAUAAGCCGCUCGACCCUUUAGAGCUCGCAAAUGCGAUUUAUUCUCUUAAGUGCACAGAAUGGACCGAGAAAGUUAGACUUGGCUGGCAAACAUUUUCUGAGAUUUUGCUGUACUCGCAGCAAAUAUUACUUUCAAGAGAGGAGGAUGAGUGGGCUCCCUUAGAAGAAGGGGACGCUGACCUCUAUUUCUGCGACUACUAUAAACACGACGAUCACAAAAUCUUCAAUGCGAAUACUGGAAGGCUGGGAAAAUUAUGGUCAGCCAUAAACACCGAGCUUGUCACAUACAGGCGACUUCAUGUGGGUGACCCUUGGUUGUCGGCCAACAUCAACUUGGAAGGGGUAGCAGAGACCAAUAAAGAGAUGGGCGAUGUGGAGGAUUCGGGAAUCACCGAAGAGAGUCCGCAGGAUGAAGACAUGUACGGAGUUGAGCAGACCCUCCACAAUGGAGAGUGGCAAGAUGACAUGGACCUGCGCUGGUGA